AUGUCACAAAAUGACAGUGCAGUUCACCUUAGCCUUCGUCAGUCUUACAGUUCAAGACAAAUCCAAAGAACGGCCCUGUCCUUUGAAACCUUUGAAGAGGCCGAGGAGAGAGCAAAAACGACCCCACCAAAGGUCAGGGAACGAUCCCACACAGCUUCACCUGCUAACAUAGAAGGAAAGUUGGACCAGCUACUUGCAGAUGUAGAGUCAUGGCCUGAUGGUCCUCCAAACUGGUCAGAAAAAGCCAGAAUGUACAACAUCAAAACCAAGGGAAAUAAUUCGACACCUGGCAAUGGAGGGCAAUUAGUCAAAGCCUUUUUGAAGUCAAAAAAAGUAGACAUUACCCGAUUUAAGCCCCCAUCAGAAGUGCAUCUCAAUUCAGAGGAUGGCCUUACAGGUAAUAAAAGUGGUAAAUUUGUAACUAAGCCGACAGUGGAGAGUUACAUCUCUGCAAUAUCAUUUAUAAGCGAAAGAAAUUGUGUAUUAGGAUUGAACAAAAUUUGAUUUAUUAAUUAAAGAACAGUGAGAUUUAAGAGUUAAAAUUUAGAAUUUAAAAGUAGAAGAAGAAGGCCUGAAGUAAUAAGAAUGCAUACAACAGUCUAAGUCAAGUUAAUGAUGAAUAUGUGACCCUAUAAUACUUUCAUGGGUUUUUAUCAUUUCUCUAGCCUCAUGUAAGAAAAGGUUUGAUUAAUUUUCCAGGAUUCAGGGUACGCAGAGCUAUGAGGAAGCAAAAGGGGGGAGAAAUUUCUGUGCCUGUGAUGCAAUCAAAUAAACAACUCGAGCAAAGCAUCCAUGAGGGAAUAGAGAGUGGCAAAUUUAACAUAGGAGAGCCAGUGAUAGAAAGAGAGAUUACCAAAUUGGCUAUAAAUGCACAGGGAGAGAUAGAGCAGAAGAAAUGCCACUUGCAAGCAAGGAAAAUUCCCUUCCAAGACAUUAGAAAAGAAGCAUUGAUUAAAAACAAAGACCUCCUUCGAAUAAAAAAUGAUGCAUUUUAUGAAGAGCUCAGUGAAAGUGAGAUUCGUGCAGAGCUAGAAAAGAUCAGUGAGGAUAUAAGGGGAACACAUGAUGAAAUCAAACAAAGGCUGAAAAGCUUUCAGCGGAAGAGGCAUUGGCUGAUUUGGCAUGACCAUUCAACCCUUUCAAAUUAUGGUCACAUGCUCUUUUGUGUGAGAGAGAUGUAUGACCCAGCAAUUCAUCUCUCUGAUGCAGAAGCUAGAGUUCAAUAUGGAAAAGAUGUGGAUGUCCAGGCAACAGUGGAGAGGCCCUAUCUGUAUAUGCUGGGGCAGAGCAGUUCCAGCAUUGAAGAUCAGAUAAAAUUUGUUCCAGCCAGACAUGAUGAUUUAGUAAAUUUAACCCAAAAAGUGAAAACAGAAGAGGAUGUUGAAGUAGAAGAUGAGACGAGAUUCAUGAAUGGAGACAACCCUGCAGCAAACUUUGAAUGCAGAAAUCAGCAUGGAGGGCAUUAUGGUUGCCCAGGUUGUGAUGGGCAUUUAAGCAUGUGCCACGAUCUAGAUUACAUGGCCCAAAGAAAGUACAGAACAUUGACCGAACGGCAACAGCUGGUGUUAGCAGGAAGGAAAGGAAAAGAGGCAAAACAACUCUUGAACCCAUUAAAAGAUCUCAAGGUCAACGAGCUACGAGCUGAAAUUGAAGCAAGAGGACUUGGAGAUUCAGACAAAACCAAACCAGAACUUGCAAAAAUUUUAAAUGAAGAACUUGGAGGGGCAACAAGAAUUCCAGCACUGUUGUUUGGGGAUGAGAGUGUUUCUGUGGAAAGUCUCAACCUCCAGUCCUAUGAGGUACUGUGUUUUGAAGCUCUUCACUGCUCCAUGAAUCACAUUAAAAACAUUCUGGAAGAAAUCCCACAUCACAUUUCUGACAUUGAUACACUGAUAAAACUUAAAGAAAUACUAGCUGUCCAACUUAACAAAGAGAAAAAACGAGGAGUAGAUUAUCGCAAGACACUAAUCUACUUAACUAUAGCCCUUUACCAGACAACAACCCAUGAUGUGAGAGCUUUGCUGGCCACCCUAUGCGAAAUGGUGGAAAUUUUUUAUGCCCAGGACAGAAAGAGGUCACCAAAGUUGAUAUUAAGGUUGCAUAACCUGUGUUGGAGGCAUGCAAUUUUGUGCCGAAAAGUGAUGACCCCAACUAGAGCCUUAACAAGCAGAAAGCUCUUUGGCAUAUACUUCCAUGCAUGUGUAUCUCAUUCCGCCUUUCUUCUUCGUCUUGCUUCACACCGUUCACCUAAUGCAGAAAUGUUUGAGAGGUUGUUUGAGGAGCUGACCGACAUCACCAGGAAGACCUGGAACAACCAAAUUGAAAGCUUAGUGAGCAAUGCAGUUCUGCAUAUGCAAGCAGAGAAGACUUCAGGAGGAAACACAGCUGUGACCUGCAUCAUCAGGCUAGGAAAGGAAAUCAGCAACAUCAGCAAAGCCCUACCAAAGCUGGGAAACACAGUUUUACCCAAAGAUGUCAUCAACACACAUGCUAGGCACUGGGAGGCUCACCUUCAGUCUAUUGCUGACUUCCUCGUACCGGGAGAAGGAGUUUGGUGGAGAGAAAUUGAGGAUGAAGACUGCAUUGAGUUCUUUGAUGGUCCUGAGGAAAUUGAAUUCAGGGAGCAAGGACCUUCCCUUCACCACUUUCGCUCCUCCAAUAUCAGAAUGGAGAAAAUUUUCCUUCAACACUGCUGGGAAGAAUGCAUUCAAAGCGGAAUCAAAAUCCCAGCUACCAGAAUUCCCAAUGAAGAAAACCAUAAUAGAGAAGAAUGCAUGCAACAGAAUCUGCCAGUUCAAGAUCAGUCAUUUGAGAGUGAUGGUGAAUGUGAAGAAGAAGCUGAAGAUACAACUCUAUUAAUUGAUGAAGAAGAGAGUAGUGAAAACCUAGAAAAUAAUCAGAUUCCGGAACCACAGCAGCUGAGUGAAACAGUGCAAAAUGAGACAGGUGAACCACUGGCUAAGAAACCAAAAUUAUCUGAAGAUUUUUUACCAUCCAGCAAAACAGCAAAAGCUCUUUCAGAGAUUCUUGGCACAACCAAAGAUGUUAUGUUAUAUGAAAAACUUAAAAAAAAUGCAACAAAAAAUUCAAGCUCAAGAUACCACAAAGAACACUUCUUAAAUCACCUGGCACACAUUCAAGUACAAGUUCUAAAGAAAUACAAGGACAUAAAUGAAGCAAUUACUGAGUGGUCAGCCAACUUCAAGAAAGUCUUCAAAAAAAAUCCCACAGAAAACCACAUGAAAAAAGAUCCAGUUAUAGCAAAAACAUGGUGGAAAAAUAAAGUUGCCACUGAGCUACUGAAAAUAUGGAAGAUCACCAUUCACCUUCCUAAAUAA